AUGGAAGCAACAAGUGUACCCCUACAUCCUCCAACUUAUGGAAACCUAAUCACCAUUCUCAGUAUUGAUGGUGGUGGAAUCAGAGGGCUUAUCCCAGGAACUAUUCUUUGUUUCCUAGAGUCUGAGCUUCAGAAGCUGGAUGGUGAAGAUGCAAGAAUCGCAGAUUAUUUUGAUGUGAUUGCAGGAACAAGCACAGGUGGUCUUGUGACUGCCAUGCUAACUAGCCCCAAUGAAAAGAACCGACCACUGUUUGCUGCCAAGGAUAUCAAGGACUUUUACCUAAACAAUAGUCCUAAAAUUUUCCCACAAAACAAUUUUCCAUUGCUUGGUUAUGCUACAAAGAUUAUCAGAGCUCUUUCAGGGCCAAAAUAUGAUGGAAAAUAUCUACAUAGCCUUGUUAAGGAAAAACUUGGGAACACAAGGUUGCACCAGACAUUGACAAAUGUUGUUAUUCCAACAUUUGACAUCAAGCAACUCCAACCUACUAUCUUCUCCAGCUUCAAGGUAAAGAAAAACCCAAGCUCAGAUGCUUUACUUUCAGACGUAUGCAUUGCAACUUCAGCAGCACCAACUUAUCUUCCGGCUCAUUAUUUUCAAACCAAAGAUCCCUUUGGGAAAGUGAGAGAAUUUAACCUUAUAGAUGGUGGUAUUGCUGCAAAUAAUCCGGCACUGGUUGCUAUUAGUGAAGUAACAAAGGAGGUCACUCGAGGCAGUCCUCACUUCUUUCCUGUAAAACAAAUGGAUUAUACACGAUUUCUGGUCAUUUCAAUAGGAACAGGCACUUCCAAAGAUGACCAGAAAUACAAUGCGCAUGAGGCAGCUAAAUGGGGUUUGUUAAGUUGGUUAACCAGUAAUGGGUCUACUCCUUUAGUUGACGCAUUUUCUCAAUCAAGUGCGGACAUGGUUGACCUCCACAUUUCUGUAGUUUUCCAAGCUCUUCAUUGUGAGAAAAACUACCUUAGAAUUCAGGAAGACACGUUAAGUGGUGAUGUAUCUUCUGUGGAUAUAGCCACAGAGAAGAAUUUGGAAGAUCUAGUUAAAGUUGGUGAAGGACUGUUAAAGAAACCAGUUUCUAGAGUGAAUUUAGAAACAGGCAUUUUCGAACGUUCGGGUCAAGAGACUAAUGAAGAGGCUCUCAUAAGGUUUGCAAAACAACUCUCGCAGGAGAAGCGGCUUCGCCAUGCCCAUGCUAGGUCUCCUCAAGGACAUGCUAUGAAUUCCAAAUGA